AUGAUAAUCCGACUCCACGGGCUCGCCCUCCUCGGUGCCCUCUUCAGCCUCUCUCUCGCCAGCGACGCGCCCGACCCCUCCCUCCCUGUCUCGUCGCUCCUCGCCUCCGCCAACGCCCUCCUCGCUCAGGGCGACAUGCACGGCGCGCUCGACCACUUUGAGGCCGCCAUCAAGAAGGACCCCAGCAACUACCUGACCAUCUUCAAGCGCGGCGCCACCUACCUCUCGCUCGGCAGGUCGGCGCAGGCCAGCGCCGACUUUGACGCCGUGCUCGCGCUCAAGCCCGACUUUGAGGGCGCGCUGCUGCAGCGCGCAAAGAUCAGGGCGCGCGCGGGCGACUGGGCCGCCGCAAGGAAGGACUACAAGAAGGCGGGCAAGACGGACGAGAUUGCGGAGGUGGAUGCGGCGGAGGAGGCGCUGGCGAGGGCCCAUGCGGCGGAGGCGAAGGGUGAGUGGGAGGAGUGUGUGACGAAUGCGGGGUCGGUGGUGGUGGUGGCGGGUGGGAUGGCGAGUGUGAGAGCGCUCAGGGCGAGGUGUAGGCUGGAGAGAGGGGAGGUGCAUGAAGCUGUCGGUGAUCUGACACAUCUUGCACAGCUCAACGCUGGCGAUACCGAACCGCACCUCCGGAUCUCAUCGCUCCUCUACUUCACCGUCAAUGAUUUCGACCGCUCCGUCGCCCAGCUCCGGAAAUGCCUCCACUCCGACCCCGACUCCAAGCCCUGCAGCAAGGCCUUCCGGCGCAUAAAGUCCCUCAACAAAUCCCUCGCCUCCAUCGAAGCCCUCCGCGCAAAACGCCAGCACAACUCCGCCGUCAAGCUCCUCGUCGGCACCCCCGACGACAUCGGCCUCAUCGCCGAGAUCAAGGAGGAGCUCGCCGAGCUCAAGGAAAAGGCCUACAUCAACGACAAAUGCCCCAACGAGCUCCUCGCAAAGCUCUACGACAUCACCUGUGACUCAUACACGGAAAUGAACUCGGUCAAGAAGGGAAAGCCCUACUGCGACGAGGCGCUGCGCCUCAACCCGUCAUCCAUCCCCGGCAUCCUCGCCAAGGCCAACCGUCUCCUGGAGGAGGAGCUCUUCGAAGAAGCCAUCCGCGCGCUCGAGGGCGCGCCCGAGGACGACGCGCGCAUCAAGCACAAGCUACAGGAGGCACACACGCUGCUGCGGCGCUCAAAGACAAAGGACUACUACAAGGUCAUUGGCGUGGCACGCGACGCCUCGGACCGCGAGAUCAAGAAGGCAUUCAGGAAGCUGACGAAGCAGUACCAUCCCGACAAGUACCGCGGCGACAUGACCAAGGAGGAGAUUGAGAAGAAGAUGUCGUCCAUCAACGAGGCGUAUGAGGUCCUGUCGAACCCGGAGCUGCGCGAGCGCUUUGAUAACGGCGAUGACCCGAAUAGUCAGGAGAGGUCGAACCCGUUUGCGCAGGGGCAUCCGUUCAUGUAUCGCCAGGGACACGGGGAUUUUCGUUCUGCGGCUUUUUAG